GCCACGUUGCGUAGUAUGAGGAUCUAUGAGGAUGCAUCCGGCAGGACCGGUGUGGCGUUGGACAGCUCCUCAUGGCACGUGAUUUGCCACUUGAUCGUCGGCGUUGCCCGAUUUGGGUGGUCGACCAGGUCGAUUCCCCGCAUUCGUAAAUUCAUUACCCCUGUGAUAGUCGCUUGACCCCACACUUUGCGCGAAACAGAAUGAAUCGUCAGCUUCUCUCGUCCAUCUCAAUUCUUUCACGCCGCACCAUCUGGCAGAGGAGCCUCUAUGCUCGCGCAGCGGUUAGCCAUCGCCGGAACGUUUCGUUCUACAACUCGGAUGUGGCAGGGUUGACGGAGGACCAGGCUGAGUUCAGGGAUGCUAUAACUGAGUUCGCACAGAGAGAGGUUGCUCCAAGAGCGGCAGAGAUUGACAGAACGAACACCUUCCCUGCGGGCAUGUUGCAGGACUUAUGGGAGAAGCUGGGAUCUAUGGGGCUCCUCGGCAUAACUGUAUCACCCGAGUACGGAGGUCUUUCGCUGGGCUAUUUAAACCACACGCUUGCAAUGGAAGAGCUAUCACGGGCGUCCGGUUCUGUGGCGUUGUCAUAUGGCGCACACUCAAAUCUUUGUGUGAAUCAGAUACACCGAUGGGGCACGGAGGCACAGAAGACGAAGUACCUUCCUGAUCUGGUUGCGGGGAAGAAGGUCGGCAGUCUUGCUAUGAGCGAGCCUGGAAGCGGCAGUGACGUCGUCAGUAUGCAAUUGCGAGCGACCAAGGUCGAAGGCGGAUGGAAGUUGAAUGGCAACAAGUUUUGGAUAACGAAUGGUCCGACCGCGUCAACUCUUGUUGUCUACGCCAAGACAGCACCAGAGAAAGGCUCGCGAGGCAUAACUGCCUUCGUUAUUGAGCGGAAAUUCACCGGGUUCUCGACGCACCAGAAAUUGGACAAGCUAGGUAUGCGCGGAAGCGACACCUGUGAGCUAGUCUUCGAAGAUUGCUAUGUCCCAGACGAGAAUGUACUUGGGCCCCUAAACCGGGGUGUCGAAGUCCUCAUGUCUGGCCUCGACCUCGAGCGCCUCGUCCUAUGUGGCGGUCCCCUGGGGCUGAUGCAGGCCGCAUUCGACUACGCCGUCGAAUAUGUACACGACCGCAAGCAAUUCGGGCACCCCGUCGGGACUUUCCAAUUGAUGCAGGGGAAGAUUGCGGACAUGUACACGAAGCUUAACGCUUCGCGCUCGUACGUGUAUGCCGUCGCUAAGGCCUGUGACCAAGGAAAGGUCAGCAGACGGGAUUGCGCUGGGGCGAUUCUCUAUUCUUCGGACCGUGCGGUAGAAGUCACAAUGGAAGCGAUGCAGAUGCUCGGGGGUAACGGUUACAUCAAUGAGUAUCCCACUGGUCGUUUCCUCCGGGAUGCGCGUCUGUACACGGUCGGUGCAGGCACGCAGGAGAUCAGGAGGAUGCUCAUCGGACGUGAGUUCAACGACGAGUUCAAGCGCCGCUCUGCCUAGUCGGACAUCGGUACCGCGCUCGCUCCGCGAUUCUGAGUUGCCUUCUAUCUACAGUGCUAUGCGAUGGGACUGAUGUACGGAUCUAUGCGAAUAUCAACCACAACUGGACAGAACGGAACGGUCAUUGGAUGCUCUCGAUCAUCGUGUAUUUUAGUCUCAAUGCUGCUGUCUGUGUAUCACCGUGCUACAAAACAUCAC